AUGCCUCGCGCUCCCCUUCGCCGCCGUCAGCUCAACCGAAAUGGCCCAGUUCCACGCGGCGCAAGCAAGAUCAACAGUAGCCCGGCUGAAGUGGAACUGGAGAAGAAGCUGGCGUCCAAACCAAUCGGCCCUCGACCGAACGAUAGCGAUGACAGCGAUAGGCUCGUUGUCAAAGGCAAUGGGAGGAGAGGAAGAAAUGUUCCAAGGCAGGAGAUUUACGCAUCUGGCGCAGUGGCUGCUGGUGACAAGCCGGGGAACUAUCCUACCAGAGCGCAAAGAAGGAAAAACAUGUCCAAAGCGACGCAGGAGAUAAUUGGCACUGGUCAACAAGAGAUGCGAGAAGAAGAUGGAUCCAUCCCAGUCAACAAACAGCUGCACCAGCUCAAGCCUAGGUCUCCCACCAUGAAUGGAGUCUUAAAAAAUGCGACAGGUACGAACCAGGUACCUGCCACAACCAUAUCACCAGCUGUGAAACCCUCUAUUUUGCGGCCCAUACAGCCGACUCCGGCGAGAGAGGAUUCCAUUCUCGGCACCUUGAAGCCCAGAAGAAGGCAGCCUAGCAUUCUGCAAAAUCUGGAUCAGGAUUCGUCGAGUUUUGACCUCGACGAGGAAGAAGAAUUCCUACCUGAUGACGAGUCUACACCGUUUGAUGUCUCUAAACUUUCGAACAAGCCCACAACCCCUGCCCCGGCAUCACCCAGACUCCUGUCGUCGUCUCGGAAACGAAAAAUUAGCUCCUCCAAUCCUCUCGAGCCCGUUGGCAUCAAGUCUGUGGAAGAGUCCUCGAGGAUCAUACAUUCACCAGAAGCUACCCCUGAGCCCUCUCUCCGGGCUCUGCCCGUGUCCGCACUACGUGAGUCGGGACGAAGGCAACGCGAAAAUGUUCGUGACGAAGUCGAUAUCAUGGCUCUUCCGCAGAGCAGUUCCUCCCCGGCGCCGUCUCCUGUGAAGGGAAAAGUGCCGGCAUCUACAAAAUCAACAAAGCAUCCUCUGAAGCUCGCUCCUGUUAUGACCACGAAGGAGCUUCAAACUCACCUGAUGCCCACCAAGAGGCGAAGGACCGAGCGAGAGCGAAAACAAACCCGCUCAAACUUUGAUAUUGCAGCCGAUGUCGACCUAUCAGAAUCCGAAGGCUCUGAACAGGACGUGUCGAAUUUCCUUCCCUCGAAGAAGGGCAAGAAAACACAACGGAAAGGACCUUUGACCAAGGCAGGGCAAACGCGGCCCAAGGCUAAAUCUGGGAAAGCUGAAAAGCUGCACGAUGUUGCUACGUCCACAAAGUCAAGGUCAAAAUCAAGUACGAACCACCUCAUCACUAUCACCUCGCCUAUAUUGAGGCCAUCUACUUCGAACCGCGAAACUAAGUCUCCGUCACAGCAUUCUACAAACAUAUCGUCGAAUUUCAACACAAAAUCCCAGGCAGGACGGCCGAAGCCGUAUGGUGGCUUCCCCCACAAAGGCCGAGGUACGGCUUACUGGCAAGACAAGGAAAAUCGUUGCUCUCAUCAAGCCGAGGAACCUAGCCAUCCGAGCGGUGCUCGAGCUGAAAGUACGAGUAUCAUGAGCGAGACGGGAGAAGAACUAGUCGCAGGUGGGAGAAAGGUCCAGAACAGGUCAACAACGAUUGGGAAAAGCAAGUGGGCAGAAAUAGAUGCUUGGGAUAUGGAUUUUGAGGACGUUGAGGUUAUGACCGGGUCGGGAAGUAGCUCGCCUACGCGUAGGUGA